AUGGUUCCCACCAACAGCAACCCGAGUUUCAAGACACUGGCAGUGCAGGUUCUGCUAUCGUAUUGUAUCUUCCUCAACACAGUUUACGGCAUGAUGUCCUUCAAAAGCGGAAGGAGUGCAGACGCUUUGGUUGAAACAGCUGGAGGACUAAUAGGGACAGACAAUCUGAACUCGGCGUUCGGCGCUGGAAAAGGAUUGGGGACUUCCAUGCAGGACACAACCAAGCUAGGUGGCGCCGGAACGACAACUGUGAAGACUCAGGAUCUCGCGACCAUGAGAGACGGUAGCACACUAAAGAAAGAUGAAGAUGCCAUGAAAUUUCGUGAUCUCAAUGCAGAUAAAACGAUUCCUCUCGAGCGGCCAGACCUUCGAUCCAGCGAGGAAACGAUUGCAGAGCGCAUGAAGCAAAGUACAAGUGACGUCCGAGGGCAGGGUGCUCCCCCUGAAAUGGCACCCUCGUCCCAGGCGCAAUUGGAAAGUUCGAGAAUCCCAGACGCCGCGAGUGUUGGCCAACAAGCCAAAAUGCCCCAAGAGGCCAAAGUCGCCAGCACCAAGAGAGUAACUUGGGCGGAACAGGAUAAACCGGACCAGAGGGUGGCUGAAGCACAAGUAACCGAUGUACCAGCGUCAACCCGUAGUUCGAGAGGAAUGAAGCAGGAUUUAUCAAAGAUAUUUUCUCCAUCAAAGAAGACUCAAACGGAGCAGUCUACAGUGGGGAAAUCGACUGGAUCAACCAAACUCCAGAUACGACCCCAGCGCUCCUCGCUGAGUUUGGAUCCAGACUCAAAGGCAAGAAGGACCCGAAUGAACCAAUUGAGGGCCGCACUGAGCAAUCCUGAAGAGGCUUAA